CGAUCAUUAGUUUUCAAAAUUUUACCUUAUCGACAAGGGCUUGAAUUUCCCCAAAAAAUUGUGUACAUACAAAUUUCAAGUAUGCAUUUAAAGAGUUUCCUGUUUUGCAUACCCCUUAAGUGGGGCACGGUUAUCGUGGGUAUUACCUUCAGUACUGGUUACUUUAUCCUUGGCACCACAGGAUUUCAGAUGGUGAUCGACGCCAAAUAUGAUAAGGAUCUCAUCUGGUUCUUCCGGAAGAUGUCAAUCAAAACCUGUGUGGCGGUAGGCUCGUUAAUCUUUUACAUCAUGGGGUGUUUUAACGUCAUGUUGGCCUACGGCGCCUACAACGGCAAUCAUCGGAUGGUUGGCAUAUGGUUAUUGGUGCACUUUUCAGUGUUUAUGCUGACAAUAUAUAGCGCUCUGGUCCAUACCUAUUUCCUGCUCCAUGUCGUCGCCAUGGGCUAUUCCAUGUUCGUGGUGAGGUCCUUCUAUGAGACUUUGGCACCGGCCUCGGGUAAUGAACUGGAAGGUGAGGAUUCCAGUGAGGAGGAUGUCUAAGUGACCUUUGUUUUUUUAAUUUGUACAAUACAAGACGAUAUA